UAUGUAAUGCUUUGUGCACCUUGUUUAUUUCCAUCUGCAAAAACAACAUGAAUGUGAUUCGGCUUGUCCAACCAGUGGAGCAGGGCAACAGAGGGCCCACGCAUCUUGUCACACCAUCUUCAAAGCUGGAUAACUCACGUCUCUGAACAUUUGGCCACUGUGACCGAGCAAAUACAUUUCUACAGAGUUGAUAUGACCUCGUAUUACCCAACCAGUUAGUAUAGGACCAGACAGGAUUAACAUGUUAUUCCCUAAGCAAGAAGUAUCGAUGAAGAUGGUCACUUUCUCCAAGGGACAUUUUUUGCGCUGUUUGACUUAAACUGAACUUGGAUUUCACAAUGCUUGUGUUGGAUUUGGAAAAGACAGCUUGUCGGUUCCUUUUACAAAUUGGACUUGACUUAAAUUGAAAUGUUUUUUCAGGUUGGAAUUAAAUCCUGUCUUUGAGGAAAGAUAUUUAAUUCUGGUAAAGAAUGCUGUUAACAAUUUAAAAACUACAUUCACAAGUGUUGCAUGUAUGCUCCCCUGAUGACAACAGCCUUUAAAGAAACAUGGUUGAGAUUGAGAUAAGAUGGUUGGAAUAGUUGUGUGACGGUGGUCUCUCCUGGGCAGUGAAUCCAGCGCCAUUGAGAGUGGAACUUGGUCUUCUGACAAUUUCAAUGAUAAAAACUCCUCUGUCUGGACUCACCGAGAGAGACCUGUUGAUUUGAGCCUUGAAGAACACACACAACACAUUGUGUUUAACAGUCUAACAUCAACACUCAAGUGUAGCCAUUGUUUUUUAUUGUGAGUUUUGUUCGGUCUCAUUUGAAGAUAGCUGGCAUACUGUUUGGAAGCAGGUGAACGGACAGAGGCGAAGAGUUGCAGCUUCACUCCUGGAUAACAAGUUAUUCCUCGGUGCAAGAUGUGAAACAUCUUGUUGAUGUUUAAAUGGCGUGUAUCCGUGUUAAAGUACAGUCGCUGAUAUCUAAACUGCAGUCCAAGUAUGGAAUACAAACGAAACAACUUGUGACACCAUUGAAGAAAUUUAAUGAGGACGGGGAAGAUGGUGGGUCAAAAGAAGAUUGGUAUCUGGUGGAGAAGUCCAAACGCUUCUGUCUUCCCAAGACCAUGCUGUUCCUGGGGAGAGACGAGUGUGAUGUCGUAGUGCAGAGUCAGAGUGUGGAUAAACGCCAUGCAGUUGUGACCUAUGAUCAUUAUCUCUGCCGGUUCAAGAUAAAGGAUUUGAGCACAGCUCAUGGGACAUACGUGAACGAGAGCCGGAUUCCAGAACAAGAAUAUGUUACUCUGAACCACAUGGAUUCCGUACGCCUCGGAUUCGAUACCAUGGUGUACCAUGUGGAGAAGGGUAGCCAUGUCCCCCACAACCACCCCGGGCACACGCACCACCACCCCACAGAGACGCUACCUGGGUGGGCGGCCCGCGAGGGAGGGACACAUUUUGACAUGGCAGAAUGUGAGGUGAUAAGACGUAGAAGCCAGAUGGUUUUCAAUCAGGUUACAAGGGGCUGUAUAGCCGAGCAGCAGAUCCAGCACACAUGUGUUCAUCAAACAGCCGAGCCGAAUUUCGUGGAUAUGCAUCGCAGUUUUGGGAAGAAGGAAGCAGAAGAAGGCGGCAAUCCUGGCCUUGGAUCCAACACCUGGCCCAGGAAGAGGCUACGUCAGGGGCGGCAUCAUCCCCACGUGGCGUCUGUCUUCGCCGACGCUGGUGACCAGGCUGAUGGCAGUAUGACAAACAAUGGAUACGAGUACCCAUCUAAUGGGGACGGAUCCCAUCACUCAUCGUGUGAACAUGCGGGUCACAGCGACCCCGUGCAUGAUGCUCCGUGUAUGUGCUACUCCCGUAAAAACGCCGACUACCUGGAUUACGCCGUUACACGGAUACCUAGGAGUGGAUCUCGACAUCAGCUGCCACCAGAAUUAGAAACUGUGAAGAAAUGCACGCCCCUGUACGGACAGCCUGAUUGGUGGGGAGAGGAGGAAGGGACAGAUUCGUACCCAUCAAAGCCGGGGUCCAAGAGAAGUUCAGUCCAUGGGGAUACAGAGAGCAAUAACCAGGCUGACCGCCCUAGAAGUCUGUCUCUAGAACAAAAAGAGGCCCUGUCAAGGAUGGAGAAGUCUCAGGGUGAGGCCGAGUAUGGCACCAGGUACAUGGAGAUCCCAUACAGGGCCCUUGAGUCGGACCGGGAGAAGGAGACCCCGCCUAGAAGCAUGUCCUCCUCUAUAUCCAAGGACAGCUUGUUCUCCGAGACCAGCAAGAUGAACACACCAGACACACCGGGGGACCGCACGUCCUCCAAGGAGGGGACGCCAGACCGUGGCAGCAGUCGACAGACGGACACGGCGGCGAUGGCCUUCACUGUAGAUUUUGGAGAUGAUGACAAGAAGACAAAGAUGCCAAAGUCUCUCAGUGAAUGUGUGCCGUCCAAAAUGAGGAAAAGUUUUCGAGAAAGAAAAGAUAAAGUUCAACAAAGGUCACAAAAUAAAGAGGCCACACCAAGCAAGUCCGAGGAGGAGCGAGAGAUGUCGCCCGCGCAGACGAAGAAGCAGGAUGACACGGCAAGCUCCUCCUCAGACACCAAACCUGUAAAGAAACAUUCAUCAACAAAGAAGACAGAAUUCCAUGGCAGUAAAAAGUUGGGGGGAGAAAAAUCUCCAUCAAGAGUCACAGAAAAUGGGGAGUCCAGCAGCAAGAGUGACACCCCUGUGAAAGGUUCCAGGGCAGUGAGGAGUAAGAAAUCCCCAAGUUCUGUGCGAUCCAGUACCAAAUCUCCUAAAUCAAAACCAUCCGAAGUGUCAACGUUGGAUCCUUCACAGUACAGGGACCCUGCAUCCUUCCUUAUAGACAAGAUGUUUGAGGGCAACGGCAAAGGCAGUCACAAGCCUGUAGCGGAGGUCGAAAGUAGUGCAGCACCGCUGACCGAACAUGACUUGUACAAGGAGUCGGCCGGGUAUGAUGUACACGCAGUGCAGAAUGGGGACGCUAAUAGUGACCUGGUAUCUGCCAGUAAUCUCAAAAGCCGAAAAUCAAAAGACAUGGGAAGCCCUCGCAUGCUUUUGACCAAUGACAGAUUGAUUCCUGAUAAAAAGGAUGAUGAUAAAGCGAGUGAGGCAGGGACCUAUACUAUUGAGGUGGAGGAAGAAUGUGGUGAUGAGGACGAAGCGCGUAGGAAUAUUGACCGUGUUUUUGGGGUGGACCCUAAUGUUUCGUUUGAGCGACCUGUGAUAGAUGUGGGGGACAGUGACGAGGAGGCAGAAGAACGGGAGGUAACUGAGAGCUUAGAGCUGGCACAAAAACGAGCAUUCCGAGAUCGUGGAAGCAGCAUGGAGGUGGAGGCAGGAAGUGCAGACACCAUGGACGACCUCGAAAUUCCUGAUGAUAUUGAUCUCGAGACUUUCUUUGAAAACCAGGACCUGUCUCUGGCCGCCAUGUCCACCGACGAUGUUCCCAAGUGGGUGUCACAGUGGGCCGCCUUGGCGAAGCAGCGAGCACUGAAGAAAUCUCAGAGUCUAGAUCUGGAAGAAGGUCAUAACAAUAUGAAAGAUUUGGGCUCCCAGAAGCCACCUAAUGUGCGUAAGAGACCAGGGACAGGAAGGAAGCUGCCCUCCAUCCCCACUGACCAGAGUCCCUGCAGCAGUGAUUACAGCCCUCGGAUCGGGGAGCUGAGUCCACGGUCAGGAGAUGCCACCCCAAGGCAAGAGGACCCACUCACAUUGUGGCCCCUGGAUUCAAAACAAAAAAGUGUGACUAUUUCUAGUCAAGUGGUAACUCACUACCAGGAGACCAACGGGGACUCGUCGGCUCGUGGUCGGAGUGGAAGUGGGUCGGACAUGAGCGGGGAUACCACCCAGAGGACGGAUAGUCCUGCCUCAGAUUCCGCCCCGACAAACACGAGCAUGGAUACAGAGGUGUUGUUGAGGGAUACCGUGACUGUGAUGGCGGCCAUGGAGGCUCGAAUGGCUAACAGAGAGACUAUGAAUGGCUAUUGUCAGAAUGACACAGCUGGUGACUCAGACUCUGACAGCCUAGUGGCAAUGGUUAAUGGUGAUGAUAAGUUUGUAAAACCAACAACAUUUUCAAGCCCAAGGGACAAUCUAGGAAAGAGGUCAACAACCAAACAUGUUUUAACAUCAACACCUAAAAAACCUCCUCUGGGGAAAUCUCUGUCUGUGAAUAGGGACCAAAAUGUGAGUAAAACUACCAAACCUAGAAGCUACAGUUUAGACACUUCAGGAGUGUCAGAUGUUUAUAGUGAAUCCUCUGAGUUGGGAGACUCUGAAAGUUAUCGUUCUGAUGUCAGUUCAGACAAUGUGGGAAGUUCCGCAAAGAAAGAGGCAAAGAAGGGCCUCAUUACCAACACGAAGCCCAACAGAGCAUUCGCACUGAGACGGGCCAAAGCUGAUGGUCCAGAGGAAACUCCCAGGACAAACAGGAGCAGAAGCUCCACAGGAAGUACGCCCAGGGGAUCCACCAACCGUACUGCCAGUUCCUCGAGAGCCCCCACGGCCUCCAGCGUGGCCAGGUCCACAGCCUCCAGCACGGCCAGGUCCACCGCACGGUCCAAGUCUGGGAUGUCGGGGAGGUUUGAUUCUGGCAAGAGUGAGGUCAGUCUAGGAGCUGAGAUAGUCAAAAAGAGCAGGGAAAAUAUCAAAUCAUCAUCUCCGAACUUUGAUAGAAAAGAUGGUGGUAGGCAUAGUUUGCGAUCAGGCUACAAGACCAACUCGCAAAAGACACUGUCUAUUUUCAACCCUGUUGAAGCUGCACGGAGAUCUGAACUGAAGGUUCUCAAGACCCAGUUGAAGAAGACUGAAGGAUCUCGGGGACUGUCUGUUACUGGCAACAGUGCUCGGAGCCAGUCUCAGCCAGGAAGUCGCUCCAACUCACCCAAAGCAGCCGAGCGGCUUGCCUGGAAGCGGAGGAAGGAGUAUGACCCUCGGAAAGCAGUUGCCUCUGCUAAAGCAAAAGCUAAAGACGUACCAAAAUCAAAACCACUGCCGUCAAGUCAAUCAACUUUGGCCAAGAAGCGGAUGUACAGAUCAGCUUCAUUUACCAACUCCGCAGAACUCUCUGGCCGAAGUAGCGACACCUAUAGAAAUGGCUCCGUAUCAAGUGUAGAGGAUCUCAGUCUGACCACCAGCGAGGCCACGGACAGCUUCGACGAGCAGGGUCUCCCACGGGCAUUCAUUCCCCUAUCCGGGCCACUGCGCCGAGACCGGAUCUCCCACAGUGCUGACGAGGAUGAUACUAGUCUCUCCUUGCAUUCAUCUCAGGACAUAAGUCGCGGCAUGCUUGGGAGUGCUGUGUACAAAUCCGCCUUUACACCACCACCGCCAAAGCUCAAGUCACCGUCAGUGGCGACAUCCCCCCUCCCCACCUCCACCCUGUCGUCAAGGCGACGGACUCUUGAUUCCAUUGAGUACGAGGAAAACCAUUCCAGACUGUCUGGCGGGGACAGUCCACAGUCCUACGACACUCUCCUCAUCACCUCCAUCUACCAGUUGUCACUCAAGCUGAAGACGUCCACAGACAGGACACUCAACAAACUCAGAGAGCAUAAUCGUGUGAGUGCAACUCCCUCUCCCAUUGACGACUUCCUGAGUCACUCGGGGAAGAACGAGAUCCCAGCCUGGAAGUCAGCCAAUCAGGAGCUGGCUGGCAUCCUGAAGAAUCUACGCAAAAUUGAGCAUCACCAACAAGUGGUACACCGAGCCUUGUUCCCCGAUGAAGACUCGCCCACUGAAGUCACCGGAAUCUCUUCAAGGGAAAAACAAAAAUACUUCAAGGAAAUUGAGCGGAUACGGAAUGAGUUGGCAGAUUUCCGAUUCAUUGACAAGCCGGAGUGUGAGGAGGCGUGGAAGAAGCAGGAAGACCCACAAGAAAUGUCUCCAGACAUGGAGGAAAUAGGGGAAGAAGAGUUCUACUAACUUGUUAUCAAAGGAAGUAAAAUUUGGCUUGGACUGAUCCUGGAAAUAAAUGAGGCUAUGAUCUCAGUAAUUACUUGUAAAAUAUUUUCUUAGUCAAGGAAUGUUUUUUGCCGAAUUUUACUGUCAUAACGUCCAUGACAUAACUGAAGAAAGAGUCAGAUCUUGUUACAUUCUUGAGUGCCAAAGAAUUUGUAUGAAGAAAUGUUGAGCCAGCUAACUGUGAUGAGAGAUUAAUGACAGAAAAAACAAGAAAUAAUUAUAUGCCUUCUCAGAAAUAAUAUUGAUAUAUUUUCAGUUGUUAAAGAUUAAUGCAAUGUAUAUCAAAAUGAUAUAGUGUGGGCAUUUGCUAAAUUCCCAAGUCACUGGUCGUGCAGGUCGACAAACAAGGGGAGGUAACUCAAACAUAUUUACUUUUAAGUAAUUUGUUUAAAGAUAUUGCAAUUUACCGAUCCUGUUGAGUGAUAUGGAUUUAUUAGAAAUAGUAAAUGGAAAUAUUAAGAUGUAAAUGACCCUCUGUGUGACAAGGGAGGUGUGUAUUCCUCCUCCGUAUCGCCCGGUCUGUAUGUGCAGUCUGUUGUAACAGUGUGCUUGUACAGCCCAGCAUGGCCUGCAAUCCCCCAUGGUAGUUACAUGGAUAUAUAGCUCUACAUGUUGAAAACAAGCAGUACAUGUUCCUUAGUUAAACUGGAUAUGGAAUAUACAUGUUGAAGGAAGGCACUUGCUGCAGAGCCGGUAUGGCUACUUAUAACCCAUCAUUCUUACUUCAUGUGGAAUUAUGAAACUCAAAAUCAUGUCUCUUCUUGGAAGUUUUCAAAGUUCAUGGAAGGAUUUUGUGGAACAAAGGGAGAGAAUUCUCGAUUGUCUAACCUAUCUUGGCAGCUAUUUUGUAAGCCUAGGUAGCUCAAACCUUUUCAAAACCAAUGAUACUGCAAAGAUCAUCACAAAAUCUUUAUUGCAAAUUAACAUUUCAUAUAAUGUAAAAUAUAUACUUUCCACUGGCUAUUAGGAAAGGAAUGAGAUUGUUAUUGUCCCCCUGUAGAUUCCUUGUGUAAGCCAGUGUGACUUUGUUAGGAUAUAUUUUAGGGUGGUUUAAAAGAUUUUAGUGGUCAUUAUAUUUGACACAUAUCCUUCAUACAUUUGUCAACUUUUCCAAAUUACGAGGUGAAUGUCGUUAGUGCGGCGUGUGGGCAUAACGCUGUUUGGUAGCGCUUCACGCAUUUCUUACACAGGUUAAUAUUGUAUGUGGAUAUCUAGCCUAAUCAAGUCUUUCAAUGUAGUGACUUAUAUAAGAGUAUUUGUAACGUGCAGUCUCUCUCUGUGAUGUGAUAAAUUCUGAGAUUCCGUAUAAUGAAUAUGCUAGGUUGUAGCGAUGUGAAAUAUAAACACAUAGUGUAUGUUCAUAAUGUCACAUAUGUAGCUGUUCAUAUCAUUUUGUUUCCAUGAAAUAUUCAUUUUUUAUAUCGCAAAUACUAGAACAUUUUCAGCAACAAUAAUAAGCUUAGCAUGUUAUGGGUGUCGAGUCAAUGAGUUCUGCUAUACAAUGGUGCUGUGUGGUGUUGUAAAUACAUGCUUGUUUUUUUGCCAUUCCUUUGUGCAAUGUCUGACCAGUAGCAACCCACUUGGUCACGCUCCGUGUCUGUGAUAUAAGAAAUGUCGCCUGUCACCAAUAGUGUACGAGUCUUCGUUUAACGAGAAAGCCGAGUCCACACAUAGCAACUGUGUAAUAUGCGAAUACCCAGAAAAUGACAAGGGCUUGUCAGUGUGGAACACACACUUUCUGAAAUGAGGAUAUGAUGAUAAUGUUAUAUUAAGGCUGGAACAACUUGACAAAUUACAAUCAUACAGUGCAUGACACAGACAUUGUAAAUUCUCAGAUGAUGGCUUGUACUUUAAGAGAAAGUUGUCUUUUAUAUGGAAUGAGAUGUUUUACAUUUAUGUGACGAGAGAAAACUACAAAUGUUUCUGAAGCAUCCAAAAACCCAUAACACGGGGAUACACAUUUCUAAAAUAAGAUUACAUUCAAAGUUACUUGGAAAAAAUGUAAUGUAUUGCAGUGUGGAUGAGGACUUGAGUUGUUUCAGCCGUAAUGUUAACAAUUAUCCUCUCCCGGGUUGUUCAAUAUGGGCACUGGGCAUGAGCCUGCAUCUGUCCAGCUACAGUAUGUGUGAACCACGCGCUUGUAUCCAGGGUAGCCCCUUUAACAACUGCCUGAAUCCCAUCUGCUGGUUCAGGGUACACUCAGUGAUGUACCAACUCAGUUGUAUUUCCUCAGUCAUCCUGUGAGAAGACUAACACCACAGGCUAAGAAGGGCAAUACGGGAAUAUGUCCUUCAGAGGAUGUGCUGGGAGUUAUCAGUUAGCGAUAUCAUCUGUCAUGUGUUUUUCCUGCAAAGAAUCUUCUAUCAGAAGGUUUCCUACUGGGAAAGACUUCAUUCGGAUGAUAAUAUCUUUCGUUGAUUUUCGUUAACUCUUUUAGAAACAUAGCAACAUCUGGCCAUGUUUUGUCAGUGCUUGAAUGAAUUGAGAUUUGCUUGCACCAUGUGCAAGCUGUGGGAGUAUCUGUAGACCCCUAUCCUACUGGGACAUCCGCUGUGGCACUAGCGACCCCAGGAGCGACUCAUCGGGAAGCGCUUUAUUCAUUCCAGACUGACUUAGCUCAAAGCUUGUUAACUGUAAAUACAUGAUUGUUUUUGCAGACCUUGUGCUGUUUCUGUGUCCGUUUAAUUCACAUGCUCUUCUAUAUGAUGCAUUUGUACUUAGGAAAAGCCAGGUGAACAAAUUUAACUUAUUAUAAACUUUCAAAUCGCAA